AUGUCGCUGCGCACGAGGCGACCGGCACUCUUCGACACGAUGUGGCGGGUGCAGAACUUGGAGGUGACCAUUGGCCACUGGGCUUUAGCAGAGCUGGAGUUUUACGAAGAUGUGCUUUGCACCUUCCAGUUGAAGGGCAAUCCCUUCGCCAUCGGCAGCGACUUCCCGCUGGUGGAUGGUGACAUCUAUGCCUUCGACGGGGACGUGCGGACGACCUGGACCGCGCUGUGUCCGGACAUCCCGAACUCCAAAGCACAUGAGAUCUGGGGUGACGGAGUGCGAUUCCAUGGCUGUGAGCCUGAACAGGCUUUCAUCGGCUUGGAAUUCCAGGAGCCUUCGGUGGUGCAGUGCAUCCGUUUCUUCCAGAAGUCGCCCCGCGACAUCUCUGACCGCGAGCAGCGCCGCUCCUGGUCUGCGGGCAUCGCGCUGCAGCGCUGGUCAGGCGAGGAGUGGUUCACCACGGAGCGUUUCUGGGAUCCGAACCACGCCUACGACCCGGUGCUCUCGCCCACCUUGGCCACGCCCUUCGUGGGCGGCGCGCCGGGCACCUGGGAGGAUCUGAGGCCCCCGAGCCGCAGCGCCUGGCCAGUGGAUGGUUCACGAACUGGAGCCUCGGCGAAGCCAAAGGGGGUGGAGAUUCUCCUAUGGGCAGCAGAGUUCUACACCUCACCCUUCUGCGAGGACCCGGAGAGCCGGGUGCGGGGCACGCCGAUUCCCAUGCAGGGCCCCAGGAACCAGGAGGUCCGCUAUGCCUUCGACCAGGACCUGCGUCAGGAUGUAGGCUGGACCUCCAGCUGUACCAGCAGUCGAAUGGAGGGCAUCACGUGCGUGCCAGCGGAGGCCUGGCUGGGCAUCUACACCCGCGGCCAGCAGCCCAACAUCACCUGCUUCAGGAUCUUACAGACACUCGACAUGGUAUUUGCGACAUGCGCCUGGAAAAUGAUGGGCGUGUACAUUAAUGGCCGGUGGCAGUACGACAGCUUCCACCGUGAGAUUGGGGGUGGUACCUGGAACCGCCGCCCGGCGCCACCCUGGACACUUUGGCGCAUCCGGAACAACGAAAACAUCACAGCACAGUGGAAAAUGGCCGAGGUUCGGGCCUAUCAGGAUCCGCUCUGCUUGGUGUCCAUGACACCGGGCAACCCCAUCGCCAGUGGAUACUUCCAGGGCGACGAGCCGGCACAGGCCCUGGACGACGAUGCCACCACCAUGUGGACGGCCAAUUGCCGGAAUGGCCUCAGCUGCAAUGAGAGUCGGAAGUACUGGUUCGGCAUGGAGCUGCCCUGGAAUGCACCAGAUGCCCAAGCAAAAGAGCUCCUGGUACGCGAGAUCUACGUCCUGUCGCCCAUCACAAACACGGGCUCCCUGCACGAGAUCGGCGGCGGUGUUUGGUCGCGGCCGGCGUCGAGCUUCAUGACCCGAUGGCGGCUGAUGCCCAUAGCUGAGGAGGACCGGGAGCGAGAUCGGGACUGGCGCGUCUUGGAGUUGGAGUUCUACGCCGAUUCCAAGUGCCGGCAGCGCUUGCCGAGCGGCGGCACCGAGGGCGGCGGAGAGAGCGUCCUGGCGUCCAGCUUUACGCCCUUGGUCGUAGGCUUCCGGCGAGCUGAGAAAGGAAAGAUGUGGUCUGAAGCACAGCAUAUCAGCGAUUUGGAUCCGACCACCGGUGUGCUAGUGAGACACGCGCCAAGCCUGGAGCGCCCGGCCUACAGCGGCAUCGACUAUUUGUCGGGCUCCGUGUGGGUCCGAUGCAUCAAGCUCCUGCAGGGUUCCAUGCCCAUGGAGUACGUACCUUCAUUGCGGCUGCAACUUUGGGAUGGCGUGGAAUGGCGGAGCGAGGAACCCGAGCUUUCCAGCAUGGAAAUCAAUCUCAAUGGCCUGGGCGGUGGCGGCUGGCAGCGCCGUCCGGCCGCGCCGGGGUCACUGUGGCGCUUGGAGAAUGCGCUGGAGGUGCCGGAAGGACCGAAGCACGAAGUGCCGAUGGGAGAUGUGAUCGCCAGCGGCUACGCUCCGCCCAUGGCCAUCAACGGCCCGGAGAAUGCCUUGGAUGGCAACACCAGCACCUAUUGGAUGUCCCAAUGCUGCGAGGUGGAUAGCUCGGAGCGUCCGCUGGGCUUCGAGCUGCUGCGGACGCCCGUGGGCUGUUUGGCGGGCGAGGCAUGGAUCGGCUUAGACCUGGGUGCUGACAAUGAAGUCGACGAGGUGAAGUGCGUGCGGGUCUUCCAGGUCGGCUUCGAGCGGAUGCAAAGCUCCUCUGCCCAGGUCUCGAAAUGGGAUGGUCAAGCUUGGCGAGCUCAAUGGCGUUUGGACGGUUUAGGCGGCAGCGCCUGGAAUCGCCGCCCUGCGGGGGGCAACACCAUGUGGCGCUUGCUCUAUCUGUCCCGGAAGGAUGAGCCCUGCCCCAACCAACUCAGCCGCAUCGUCGAGCGGCCCUGGGGUGUGGCAGACCUGAAGUUGUUCAGCGAUGAUGCCUGUGAAGAGCAGCUCACCGGAGGGGUCCCGAUCACCUCCGGCGGCUUCGAUCACUUCACGCCCUCGGCCGUGGAUCAGCCGUCCUACGAAGCGGGACGCAUGGUGGACGCGGAUUUGUUGACCACGUGGACUGCCAACUGCAACACGGGGUUCUACUGGUCGGACACGGACCUGACGAAUUGCACCUCGAGUUGGGUCGGCAUGCAAUGGCACCAGGCCCAAGAGGUCCGCUGCGUCACCAUCGUCCAGUCACGCUGGGAGUCGGCCCGCUGCUGCGACGCCGCUGACGCGCUGGAGUUGCAGCGCUGGAAUGGCUUUCGCUGGGUCGAGGCCUCGUGGUUCCGGCGGCCGCCCAUUCCGGCCGUGAAGACGCCGUACAACUUCCGCGAGCCGAUCCACCUCGGCGCAGAGUUCCGGAACAUGGGCAUUUGCCCCUCGCGCACCAGCGAGAAGAGGAUGUCGCAGGAGACCUUGGAGGAAAAACGCUCCCGGCGCGACAGCGAGAAGUGCAUCGUGCAACUCACCGGCGCCGUGACGCUGCUGGCGGAGCCGCAGUGCAUCGCGCAUCAAAGGUGUACGACGACGUUCGGCUCCUCUGGAACCUGCUGCCCCAUCGGAGAUCUGGUCGAGAGCGAAAACCGCUGCUGCUGCGGCUUCCUGGGCUCCGAGGCCAUCUUCGCCGACGAGAUCUCUUACACCGACACGAGGGACAAGUUGAGCUUCGAAUUCUCGGCGAUUUGGAUGUCCAACGUGUUACCCUGGAUCGGCCUCACCAUCACCAUUGCUUUCUACUUGACAGCCAUGCUCAUGCCGCCGGACAUGGAGCGCCGCGCCAAGGCCUGGGUGGCGGAGGAGAUCAACGCUGAGCCACGGCGGCGGAGGCGGCUGCUGCUGAGGCGGAUUUGGGUCAUCUGCGCGUGGCCAUUGUUGAGUUGGAGGAGCUUUCUGGCCAAUAGUAAGACGCAAUUCAGCUCGGUGAUCCGUUGGUUUAUCCUCCCAGAGGGUCGAUUGCCGAAGCCCCUGGAGCUUUACAGGUCCUUACUCUUCCUGGUCUUCGGGUCGAUCUUGAGCUCCAUGGCACCGUGGCUCCUCCUGGGUGCCAUCGCCGGGGAGAUCAUGAUCUGGUUGGCCUUGCAACUCUGUCAGGUCAUCCGAUACUUCAAGUCACCCUUUGACCCUUUGGACUUGAGAGAUAUGAACUUGCGCCAGGAGAUUAGUCGUGUGAUGGUGCACCAGGAUGAUGGCAUGGCCAGUGCCUAUGAGGUGGCCGCGGGCGUUGCCACGACCAUCGUCUAUGGCCUCGCUUUCUUCGGGAAGUUCAUCUUCGACCUGGUGAUCGUGCGCGCACAGAUGCUCUCAGUGGAGGCCAUCGAGAACAUCUCCGCUGAUAAGGUGGUCGAGCUUUUCCCCGGGCUCUUGCAGACGUUGAGAGAGCCAGCCAUGCUGCUCUACGAUGCGAUGUAUUACAUGAGUCAACUCAUAUCCUGGACCUUGGGGCAACUGGUGGGAAUCCCUCUCUGCGAAGGAUCCUGUGCACUGGCGGGAUCAGUGGCCUUGGUGAUGAUUCUGUACGGUGCCUCACAGUGGCUGAACUACGACCUCUUUGGCCUCUUCGUGGCCUCCCGCCAGGUGGUGAAAGCCACACGUCCUGAAUGCCAACGGGUCUUGGCACAAUCACUGAUCAUGUUGUGCCUGGGUGCAUCCUUCGCAGCGGUGCAGAUGACCAUGGCACCUUGGAAGAACGGCGAGAGUGUUGUUCACACGGGCACUGGCCUUUGCGAAUCCCUUCGUGAGCGCGACUUGGGCCCCUUGGACCUCGAGUGUACUGCAAGCGAGGUUUGUGCCUAUGACGAUACUCUCGCGGUCUUUGUGGGUCGGAUUUUGCUGACGGGAUCCUCCGUGGUGGGCGUGGCCUUCGUGUUUUUGUGCGUCAAUGGCCACUUCGUCGGUCAGGACUACAUCACGGAGCGCGUGGCGCGGUUUCUGGAGAUCGAUUUGACCGCCUUGGACCCGGACGGCGCCGGCGAGGAGGGCGGCUGGUUCCGGCUGGAUGUCUUCGGAGCCGCACUACCCACACUGUUUGGCAUUUGGUGGGAUCCUUGGAACAUCGAUGCUUACUUGGUCCGGGAGCGUGCGCACGUCUAUUCCAUGGAGUUGAGAGACCCUCAGGCCUGCAAGCGCUGUGAAAAGAUCCACGUCCAGUACGAGCUCAUGAUGACUGCCACGGGGCGAACGGUCUCCGCCGCCGUGCAGAUCGUGCCCUACGGCGCCGUCGUGGCCAAGGCACACUCCCCGCUGUUGAGACACAGAACUCGGUUCUUCGCAAGACCUAGCAAUAGAACCUACUAA